AUGGCCAACGACCGCAAUGUGUUCAAAUUGCGCACAGCUAGCAAUUCCUCUCAGUUGAAAUCUGUAGCGGCAAGCGCAGUAAAUUCAGCCACGAGUCCUACGCCACAGCCGGACGCCAAUGCCAUUGGAUCAUGGCUAUGCGAUGAAGGGCCAUAUCGAGAUUAUAUCGAAGCGCUCAGCGGCUCCAAUCCAGGCUUGAAGAGGGCAGAUCCAAAUAACAAGGAGGGCCCGCUCAAAAGAGGAAACGCGGGUGUUGUACUGCUUGAUAGUCCUGCGACAGGGCAGCCUGACUAUGCGGACCCUGUUCACUUCGCCAAUUCCACCAAGCUUCGCGAACAUCUUGAAAGCUCGCCUCGCGAUGGACGCCGGCGUAUCUACAUCGUGGAGGGCUUGGCGCCAGACUAUACAGCAACAAUUGGUGGGCAUUUCUUUAUGGAUCCAACUUUCUUCCAGCGCCAGGAGAGGACUUGCGUAUGGAGUAACGAUUUCACGCCCGUGAGCGACGCUCUUCCACAGCCGAGUCUGCUAAACCCAGAUAAGAGCUUCCAUCUACAGUACUGCGAGCUUCGCCAGUUCAAUAAAGCGCUUGAGAACCGUUAUUACUUUUGCCAAAGGACAAGACGGCAUGUGGGGAUGACGGCGCCAAGAUACAAGGAGGAAAGUACAGUGGGAAUUCUGAGGAGGAAGAUCAGCUGGUGGUGUAGGGAGACUGCAAACGGGGGUUGGGAUGCUGUCAUUCUUUGCGACCCUCAGCUAACAGACCUCUCCCCUGAUCCUAAGGAAAUUAUCGAAGGCGAGCUUAGAGCCAUAGCGAAUGUUGGAAUCAACUUGAAGAAUAAGCCUUUCCAAGACGGGUAUCAGGAUUUCCUGCCGCCGAGAAUCUUCGACUCUCAACCAUCUCCAGAUGAUCUGCUAGCUUUGUCGAAGAGCCCUAACCCUCACGCUUCCAUGCUCAAGGACCUCGUUUAUUUCUACACACACCAUGCUGGGUUACUCACACCAGAAGAAUGGACAAGUCCACAAAAGUCUGUAGUCUUCCUGAAGAAGAUUGUAGCAGCACACUAUCUGCAGUUGGUGGAUUAUAUAAAAGUCAUGCUGCCGUCGCUUGAACUGCGCCUGACAACCGCGUGGGUCGAAGAGCAAGACCAGUGGAAAAGCCUACAGACUAUUUCUCGCCGCUGUGGAAAUUAUCGUGACGAUAUUGAAGACACUCUGCUGAACUUGGGCUAUCCGCUCGAUGGAAAGCUCGACGAGUCAUCGAAGCUGCGUUCGACUGAUUGGAAGGACUGUGAGAAGGAUCUGCAAUACGCCUACUUCCGUCUAAAGAUUCUCAAAGAGCGGGCAGACAACCUCACGACCUCUAUGACUGGCCUGGCUUCUAUUGCUGGUAAUCGUCAGAACUUGGAGGAGGCAAAGCGUGUGAAGCGGCUCAACCUGCUUGCACUGCUGUUCAUUCCGCUGGCCUACACCAGCUCUUUGUUCAGCAUGCAAGACAGCUACGCGCCCAAUCAGCAAAAUUUUUGGAUAUAUUGGGUAUCAGCAAUCGGUGCGGUGGCUUUCACUUCAUUUGUUACAUUCAUUCUCGAUCGCGCACUGGACGAUGAGGCGAAUUGGACGUUGGCGCCAGUGAAAUAUUUGAAAUUCUGGAACUUGAAGCUAUGGAGGAUUGCUGGUAGACACCCAGGGCCUGUGAAAAGAAAGGCUACAGGACUUUAUGAUCACGUCAGACGAUAG